CUGAGCAGAGAGCAACAGGGAAAGGCACUAAGGAGGUGAGGAGACGCAGCUUUCUGUGUUUGUUUUGAAUAAUAUUAACAUCUUAGUACAUGGAGACAAGAAAAAUGACGCGCCAGUGUAUAUGCGAACUCUGUAACUGUGGGCGCCACCGAUGCCCACAUCAGCCAACAGGGCUAUUUGAGAAAAGCGAGCAGCCCCGCAGUGUGACUGAAUAUGCUGAGAAGUAUCCAGAGUAUGAGGGUGUCCACCCUCGACAAAGCAUGAAACCCAAACAAGAGUACAAAGCAGGUCGGGAUCUCAUGGACGGAACCACCACUUUCAAAUCUGAUUACAUUCCAUUUGAAGUGACACGUCGUCCUGGCCGUGUGCAACAGGAGUAUAAGCCGGGUUCUGGUCACAUUGAUCUUGGGACUACCUACAAGAUGGACUACAACCCUUAUAAGGUGCAAGCGUUUGUAGCUGCCAGGCCAAAAGAAAGGUUGCAUGCAACUGGAGCGAAACUGGACACUAUGCCAACUUACAAAGAUGAUUUCAGAGCAUGGGAAUUCUCGAAGCGGGAACUAUCCAAACCAGAAUCAUCCUACCGUCCUUCCUCGUCAAAGUUUGCAAAUCUUACUACAUUCCAAAAUGAUUUUGCUCCCAAAGGCCUUGUUCCCAGAGAAAGUUUUAAACCACCUAAUGUGGCCAGGCUCUCUGAUGCCCCCUUUGACAGCCUCACAAGUCAUCGCAUUUCCUACAUCCCUCAUCAGCUUGGGGCAAAGUAUGUCAAACCCAAGGAAGACUACAAACCUAGUGAUCAACCUUUUGAAGAUCUCACAAUCCAUCGGCGUGAUUUUCAGGGCCUGCCCGGGAAGCUCUCCAAGAGCUGCAAACCUGAUUUCUCAAAGGUUGCCUCAGAUGCCCGCUUUGAUGAUAGCACUGAGUUCCGUGAUCGCUUUCAGCAAUGGCCUGUCACCUUGCCUAAGGUCCAUAAGUUACCUGAAUACGUCACUCCAGAAGGUCACAUGGAUUUGAGCACUACGUCCAAUAUGGAUUACGUUGGGCAUAAAGUUCAACCAUUUAUUCCAAAAAGGCCAAUCUCCCGUGGAAGGAGAAGUAGUGUACCAUUCCAGGGAAACACCACCAUGAAAGAAGAUUUCAGGAAAUGGGAAGUACGUAAACAAGAUAUGAUCAAGAACAAGGAAGAAAUGGGAAUACCGACUGGGAAGUUCGAUGGCUUGUCAACCUUUCAAGCUCAUUAUAUCCCUCAUCAGUUAAAUCCAGUACAGAGCUUCAAGCCGCAAAAUGUUGCCACGAGAAGCUUGGCUCCAUUUUAUGAUGGUACUAUGUAUCGCACAGAAUAUACUUCGAAGAAACCAGAUUUAUGUCCAGCAAGUUUUCAGAACCCACCAGGAUAUGUUUUUGAUGAUGUUGACCACCGUGGGCACAAGUACUUCCGCAAGAUGUUAACACCGUUGGGUGGCAAAUCCAUUUUGACAAAUGGAAUACCUGUUCCCAGCGAGGUGGCUGUGAUGUCAUAAACCUACAAUGGCUAAGAAAUGUUUACCAAUCAAUAACCUUGUACAGCACUUUUUGGUCUACUCUGAAUCAGUUUCUAAGCACUUUAUCAGUAUAUACAGAGAUGCUGUAUUUAAAAAAAAAAAAAGUCACAUCCAUUUUUUAUAAUGAUAAUCUUCAAAUUCUAGAAUGAUUCAUGCAAUUACCGUUUUAUUAUUUUACAUUGAUCAUGAUCAAUUCUCAUAAAAACCAUGAAUGGCUGAUCUGUAAACGGCUUUGGUCAUCAUGUUAUAUAUUUAUAUCACUGAAAUGUCUAGAUUAUUUAUACAGCAUUCUUUCUACCUCCUGGGCUCUAUGUAUUGAUUACACAACAUGUGGGUUUAUAGUACAUUCAGAUAGGAAACUAGGGGUGGCCCCAUAGACAGUUCUUGAGGUGAGGUAGUAAAUUUACUUACAGCUAAAUAUUAUAAUUGUGUUAAAAAAGACAUUUGUAGUAAGUCAUUCCGAUGAGAUGUAAAACUGAAGUCCUAUUAAGUGACUCUGCAGUAGCAGUUGUGAUGCACAGUUCACCUAGUCUGUGUAAGUCGCUUUGGAUAAAAGUGUCUGUUAAAUGACUAAGAAAUAAAAAGUAGCACCCAGAAGUCAGAAGACGUGGUAUUCUCUAAUGCUUUUAAUUCUUUCAGUCCAAAGCAGAAUCCAAAGCAGAAUCUAGAAUAGGGUUUAUCAAUAAAUAUUUUUCCAUUGCUAUAUAUAUGAGAGAGAGAGAGAGAUUGAUUUUGAUUUUUUAAAUGUUGUACUGACACAGAAUUAGCAUGUGUUUGGC